CCACGUCAGCUUGGCCGUCCAUCCAUCGAACUUGUCUUCGAGCGCAACCUGCAACAUCGCAUCUUCUCCCAACUUCUCUCGUUCUCUCUCUCUCUCUCCGAUGGCAGGUGGUUUUGGAGGGAAGUCGUCGUCCGGAGGCCGCACCGGCAUCAGAGUGGUGGUUGCCGGAGACAAAGGAACCGGGAAAUCCAGCCUGAUCUCCGCCCUCGCUUCCGACACAUUCCCGGAUAACGUCCCACGCGUGCUGCCCCCGACUACUCUCCCCGCCGACUUUUACUCCGACCUCAUACCCAUCACCAUCAUCGAUACUCCUUCAAGUAUCGACAAUAGGAUAAAGCUCAUAGAAGAAUUCAGGAAGGCAGAUGCGGUGGUCCUGACAUACGCAUGUGAUCAGCCUGGGACACUCGAUCGCUUGACUUCUUAUUGGCUCCCUGAGCUCCGCCGUUUAGAGAUCAAAGCACCAGUGAUUGUGGUUGGUUGUAAGCUGGAUUUGAGGGAUGAACGUCAUCCGGUAAGCCUGGAGCAGAUAAUGGCUCCGAUCAUGCAGGAGUACAGGGAGAUUGAAACCUGUAUAGAAUGUUCUGCCCUUACCCUUAUUCAGGUCCCUGAUGUUUUCUAUUAUGCACAAAAAGCAGUCCUUCAUCCGACUUCCCCAUUGUUUGAUCAAGAAAAACAAUGUUUAAGACCCCGAUGCCGCAGGGCAUUGCAGAGGAUAUUCAUCCUCUGUGACCAUGAUAUGGACAGUGCCCUUAAUGAUGCAGAGUUAAAUGAAUUUCAGGUAAAGUGCUUUGGUGCUCCUCUUCAACCUGCUGAAAUUGUGGGAGUUAAGAGAGUAGUACAAGAAAGGCAACCGGAUGGAGUAAACGAUCUUGGUCUUACUCUCCCGGGAUUCUUUUUUCUUCACUCACUUUUCAUUGAGAAAGGUCGACCUGAGACAACAUGGGCUGUCCUACGGAAAUUUGGUUACAAUGAUUAUUUAGAACUCAAACAUGAGUUCCUGCCGACUCCAGCAAAACAUUCUCCUGAUCAGAGCAUUGAGCUGACAAGCGAAGCUGUGGUCUUUCUAAGUGGAAUUUUUCGGUUGUAUGACCUUGAUAACGACGGUGCCUUACGGCCAGCUGAGCUAGAUGACUUGUUUCAAACUGCUCCAGAAAGUCCUUGGCUUGAGGCUCCUUAUAAGGAUGCAGCAGUGAAAACGCCGGGUGGAAACUUGACAAUUAAUGGGUUCCUAUCUGAGUGGGCUCUAAUGACUACACUUGAUCCACGUCGAAGUUUAGCUAACCUGAUAUACAUCGGAUAUGGUCGCGACCCAGCUUCAGCACUUUGCGUUACAAGGAAGAGAUCAGUGGAUCGUAAGAAGCAACACACAGAUCGGACUGUUUUCCAAUGCUUUGUAUUUGGCCCUAAAAAAUCUGGGAAGUCUGCUCUUCUUGAUUCAUUCUUAGGAAGGAAAUUUUCAGACAGCUAUAACCCGACAACAGGUGAGCGGUAUGCUGCAAACACUGUUGAGCAGCCUGGGGGUACUAAAAAGACUCUCAUAUUGCGUGAAAUACCGGAAGACAGAGUUAAAGAGUUCCUAGCAAAUAGAGAAUCUUUGGCAGCAUGUGAUGUCGCUGUAAUUGUGUAUGACAGUUCAGAUGAAUACUCAUGGAAAAAAUCAAGGGAUAUAUUGAUGGAGGUAGCGAGAAGAGGUGAAGAGAGUGGUUAUGGGACACCGUGUCUUCUUGUUGCAGCCAAAGAUGAUUUAGAUCCAUAUCCAUUGUCGGUGCGGGACUCAGAUAUGGCUUGCCUGGAGUUGGGAAUGGAUGUCCCUAUUUCGUUAAGCAUGAAACUAGGGGAUCCGAAUAGUUUAUUCUCUAGGAUCGUGAGUACAGCAGAGAACCCUCAUCUGAGCAUUCCUGAGACGGAGUCUGGAAGAAGAAGCAAGCAAAUCCGUCAAAUUGUUAAUAGCUCACUUAUAUUUGUCUCAGUUGGUACGGCCAUAGGAGUUGCUGGGUUAGCAGCUUACCGUGCGUAUUCUGCCAGGAAGAAUACUUGAUAAAGGUGUUUUCUUCUUCCAUGACUCCGCCACUAUGUUGGCUCCGUUAUCUUUUGCUUCUAUGGCAGAAGUGUGCCGCUGCUUGCUAGACUCCUGCAGCUGGCUUUUUUUUAUAAAAAAAAGUGGCAUCCUUUUGCAUUCAGUCUGCGGUAAAAUGGGUAUGCAUUGCAACAGGUGCAUAAAUAAGGUUGGUUUGUUGAAAGUUUGGAUUGAAUCUUGGGAGGUCUUACGCGUCAACCUCGUGUAUUUUUGUUUUUGGUUGUGAUGGCAAACACAUUGUAUUGAACUUUGAUGCUUGAAUGUGAAGCUGCUCAUGUCAUAUCAUAUGGGUAUAUGCUCACAGUAA